UAUUCAUACAGUUGUGCGUUGUUAUUGCAUGCGCUUUUAAGUGUUUCGAAAGUGAGCUUUCAAAUCAAUUAUACAGUUUUCUCGUGGCUGGAAUACACCUUUAUUGCGGUAGAAGUAAACAUUUUUUAUCACAGAUAUCUGGACUCGUUAUAUUGGGAAAUAAAAGCCUCAUCGGACACUGCCGUGCGUAUUGGGAAAGUGCGUUGAACUUGGUGUGAGUUUACACUUCGCAAGCAUGAAAUCCGCAGAGGAAGAUGCAUAUGGUUACAGCCAAAACAACAGCAUCUCACUAGCUCUGAGCAACCCCUGCCCAACCUCCCAGUACCACAAUCUCCAGACCAGCCCUUCCAUGUCGAUAUCCAUCAGUCAGCCAUCCUCAUUCUCCCCUCAAGAUGACAUGAGAUCAGUGGGUUAUUUCCAAACAUCCGGCACCAGGUCCAAUGGAGCUCCCACAUUGGAAAGUCCACGCAUUGAGAUAACAGCUUACGGGCAGUUCCCCGAGGACGAAGUGGAGGAGAACAGCGUUCCCGUGACCAAGCGAGUCAAUUCCAUAGUGACAUUAACUUUGCCAAGCAUUGACGGUUAUCGUGACCCCACUUGCCUCAGCCCGGCGAGCAGCAUGUCUUCCCGUAGCUGCCAUUCAGAUGCAUCUUCGUACGAAUCAGGCUUCUCGUACAACUACGACAACUCGCCGCAGAACUCGCCCUGGCAGUCUCCCUGUGUCUCCCCGAAAGGUUCCUCAUCUCUGCAGUCUUGCACACUUGGUGCUUCUCCACGUCAUUCUCCCUCCGGUUCUCCCCGUACCAGUAUAACCGACGACAGCUGGAUGGGCACCCGAGGCUCACGACCGAAUUCUCCUUGUGGUGGUAAACGGAAGUACAGCUUCAACGGUGGCCCAUCGCACAAGUACCAUCCGCACUCGCCAAAUCAAUCCCCGGGGCUGUCGCCACACACUUCGCCCCGUCUCAGCGUGACGGAGGACAACUGGCUGCCCAACACCAAUCAGUACACCAACUCUGCCAUUGUUGCCGCCAUUAAUGCCCUCACCACAGAUGGAAUAGCAGAUCUUGGGGAGGGGAUCCCUUUGAAGUCCCGCAAGACCAGUCUGGAGCACAGCGCCUCGAUGAACCUGAAAGUAGAACCAGGUGGAGAGGAGACAGGAUCCCUGGAGCUUUGCCAGGAGGACUUCUCCUCAGCACGCCUGCCCUUCAAAAAAGAGACCUACUGCAGCGGCUUCUUGGAUGUGCCCCAACACCCAUAUUGGUCCAAGCCCAAGCCUUACAUCAGUCCAUCGUUGCCUGCUCUUGAUUGGCAGUUGCCUUCCAGUUCAGGGCCGUACAGCCUGCAGAUUGAGGUCCAACCCAAGUCCCAUCACCGUGCUCACUACGAGACUGAAGGCAGCAGAGGGGCCGUAAAAGCACUAGCGGGAGGGCAUCCAGUGGUCCAGCUUCAUGGCUACAUGGAGAGUGAGCCUCUGACCCUACAGCUGUUUAUUGGGACAGCAGACGACCGUCUUCUCCGGCCCCACGCCUUCUACCAGGUCCACCGUAUAACCGGGAAGACCGUGUCCACACCAAGCCACGAGGUCAUACAGUCCAACGCCAAAGUUCUUGAGAUUCCUCUAUUGCCUGAGAGCAACAUGAGGGCCAUAAUCGACUGCGCUGGAAUUCUCAAGCUGCGUAACUCAGACAUCGAGCUCCGGAAGGGCGAGACAGACAUCGGACGGAAGAACACGCGUGUGAAGAUGGUGUUCCGUGCCCACAUCAACCAACCUAAUGGCAGGAUGGUGUCCUUACAGGUGGCAUCUAACCCCAUUGAGUGCUCCCAGCGCUCAGCACAGGAGCUGCCCCUCGUGGAUAAACAGAGCAUGGAAAGCUGUGCCGCCUCAGGGGGGGAACAGAUGUUUCUCAGUGGGCACAACUUCCAGCCCGACUCCAAGGUGGUGUUUGUGGAGCGAGCACAAGAUGGCCAUCACAUAUGGGAAAUGGAGGCCAAAGUCAACAGAGAAUCAUCCAAAUCUGUGGCUUUGCUUGUGGACGUCCCACCGUACCGGAAUCAAAGAAUAUCCAGUCCAGUUCAAGUGAAUUUCUAUGUGUGCAAUGGCAAACGGAAGAGAAGCCAGUACCAGCGUUUCACAUACCUGCCCACAAACGUUCCAACCAUAAAAACAGAGCCGCACGAUGACUACGACCUCCCCCAGGUUUGUGCGCCGCUCCAUUCCGCCGGGUUGGUGCUUCAUCCGAAGCCCUACUACAGCCCCCCGGCAAUGACCCCCAUGAUGCCCUCAGAACUAAGGCCUUGUGUCAUGGGCUCAUUCACAUCGAGCCCUCAGAGACUGGUGGCAAAGCCCACCUCCCUGUCCUGCUCUUCCUCCCCCAGCACCAGCCCCAAACUACAGGAUCUUUCCCCACCUCACCUCUCCACUAAGUGUAUAUCAGCAGGAUCGAACCUAGGCCCCCAGUCUCCAACGAGCACCAUUUGCAUACUCGUUUAA